AACUCCGAGCCACCGCUCGCAAGGCGGCCUGGCCCAGCGGGGGCAGAAAGCUGCUGGAGCCCCCCGGGGAGCGUCUCCCGUGCGAGCCCCCGGGCGGCGCAGCGCGCAGGGAAGGGCCCUUCGGAGCUGGCCCCGGUGCACUGCACGGGUGGGCCGGCGGGCGACUUUCGCCGCCUUCCCGCAGCAGGGCGAGGGGCCGACCCCCGCCGUGCGGUGGGUGUGCCCAGCCUGCAGGGGUUAUGAAACCUCGCCGCCUGGCCCGCCCCCCAGCAGCUGGCAGGCUGCGGCAGACGGGGGAGCCCGCUGGGGAAGGACAGGGGCGCAUUUGGGUGGAAGCUGCUGAGGCAGGAUGCUGAAGCCCAACAAACAAGCUCUCGCCUCUGGGCUGGAGCUGCCUAAGUGGACAGCGGUACCAAGCCAGGCUUCAGAUUAUGAAGUCCGGCAGUAUGAACCAGCUAAAUGGGUUGCCACUCCUAUUAAAUCAAUGGACUAUGAUUCAGCUGUCAGCACUGGCUUCAUGAAGCUCUUUAACUAUAUUCAGGGCAAGAAUGAGAAAGGGAUGAAGAUAGAGAUGACAGCUCCAGUAACAUGCCAUGUGGAACCUGGUGCAGGCCCAUUCUGCGAGUCCACUAUUACAGUCUCUUUUUAUAUACCAUCUGAUCAUCAAGCUGAUCCACCUAAGCCAUCAGAGUCAGAUAUUUUCAUUGAAAACAGACCAGAAAUGAUUGUAUUUGUCAGGUCUUUUGGAGGAUAUUCCAGUGCCACAAAGAACCAAGAAGAACUACUGACACUAGCAGAAAGUUUGAAGCGGGAUGGGAAAGUGUUUGAUGAAAAGGUCUAUUAUACUGCUGGCUAUGACAGCCCUUUUAAAUUGCUUAAUAGACACAAUGAGGUGUGGCUUUUCAAGAGAAAUGGAAACCCCAGCAAUCAAGAAUAGGAAACAAAAUGCUUUCUUGAGAGACAGAAGUUCAGUUUAUUCAGACACUUCUUUUUUGCCUGGGAAUUGUAAGUAAUUUUUUUUUAAACAUCUAGACAGAUUAUAAUCUAUCAGAUUUCAAAUGUGCCUCUUCUAGAAUGACACUACAAUUUUCCCCAUUCUGUCAAUAGUAUGAGACUGGUCACACUUUCAGUUAGAGUAGAAAGCCAUGAAAUUUUCCCUGUUUUCCUUCCACUUCACACCAUGUUCCCUAUUUCCCUCCCCUUAAAAUCCAUCUAGCACACACCUAGAGAGGUUGCUACAGCAUAACACAAGGAACUCUUCCUAUGUAUUCUGUGGCCACACUCUUUACCGCAGACCCUAUCUCUCACCACAGAGCUGGGCUCCACAAUAAGCUUUUAUUUAAAAAAAAAAAAAAUCUGUAUCUGCAAUGACUGUGUAGAAAACAAGAACUUAGUGUCUUUGCAACCAGCAGGAAAACAACAACUGAGGUUUGAAUGGCCUCAGUCAUCUCAGUGGGUUAUUACCUCAAAGAUGACACUUUAAAUAUCAAUAUUAACUAUUUCAGUGCUAACAGAACUUUAGCACUAUCAUAGAAUCAUAGGACUGGAAGGGACCUCGAGAGGUCAUCUAGUCCAGUCCCCUGCCCUCCAGGCAGGCCCAAGUGUUAUCUAGUAGGCUGUUGACUGGAGCAGCAGAGUUUGAAUUCUGACAGCAUAUAGUGUGCCAGCACUGGACUGACCGUCCAUUUUUAUAAACCUUAAUUUGUUGCUUAUGAUAGUUGCUGUAUUGGCAGCAGCAAGGACAGGAAGUCAUCUCGCCCCAGUGCAGGGCAAACUACUCUGUACUACCCUGCCAAUGCCUGACUAAUCCUACUGUCUAUUUAAUCCUGGACCUCUAUGCCAAGUCUGCCAGCAAGGAUGCCUGGUAUUGAGAAUUAUUGUGUUGGCACCUGUGAAUUGUGGACGUUUCUUCACUGCAAGUUCAGCCGAGACCACUUACGCAUUUCUUGUUGGCCACUGAAUAGCCAUCAUAUGGUAACAGCUUUACACUUGCUAGAGUAUAGGAUAUUGAUACAACAUAUCCACACCUUGAUAGUAAUAGUUUGCUUAUUUUUAGCCUCAAAGCCUCCAAUAUUUGCCUUUUGAAAUACAUUGUUUGCUCUAUGGUACUAGUCCAGGCACUUAUAUAUAAUAUACAUGUUAGUAUAUUCAAGUAAUAUCAAUUGUUACCUUUGCUUUUUACACUAGGACUGAUAUAUACUUUCAUGCUGACUACUGAUGCAUUGACUUUAAAAGCUUUUAUCCUUUGACUAUAUUAUCAGUCCAAAUUAGCAAAAGUACGCAAGGCAAUUCACCAUCCUUAAGUCAGCACAUUGUUGCAGUCUCCUGUUUUAGGAGAACUGGUUAGGACUGGCUUUAGAAUCCAUCAAAGGUGCUUCUAAACUGACAUAAAAAGUAGCUGCAUGCAACUAGAAGCUCCCGCUAACCCUAGAAUCUUCAUGCUCUCACAUUUUAAAAAAUGAAUCACUGUUCCAGAAGUUAAUUUCACUUAAAGUAAAACAGAUAUUUUUGUUUAAAACCAUGCGUGUACAGGGUCCUUUCCAAGCAAAUUAGACGCCUUAAGUUCUGCCCUGAGGAGUUUACAAUCUAUAUUAGACUGACAAUGAAGAGACCAUGGCAGAAAAGGGGAUUGGGCAGGAGACAACAGAAAAUAAUAGCAAAGGAUUGCUGCAGCUGCAUUAUUUUUUUUGCAGAGAGAAGAUCAGAUAAGCCUAUUUUGUUUCACUUUUUGUUUGCUAUACUUUUUUUUUCCAAUUUAAAUUGGUUCUACAAUAGUUAGGAUUUCUGCUGUCUAAUACAAUUCUAAAGUCUGGUUCAAUAGGGUAUUAUAUUAGAGAGGAAAGGAACUGUAUGGUGGGAUAUUAUCUAUUCAGAUUGGAAUUUGCUGGUAAAGGCCCUGAUCUCCCACUGAAAUUAAUGGAAUUUUGCCAUUGAUUUCACUGGGGAUUGGCCCCAAAAGGUUGUUUGAAAAAAAGUCAUUGGAAUGUUCAUCAACAAAGUGCCUAAGUAAUUUGUGAGAAUGAAAUGUACUUAUUGCAUAAUGGAGUGCUAGAAAAUUGUUUACUCUCCUUCAGAGCAAUAAAUUACCUGACACUUCGACCUUUACCAUCAACUUUGUUCAGCAUAUAUUAAUUCAGGUUCUUAACAUAAAGGGUGUCUACACUGAAAUUUGAUACCUGUGGCUUGCCCGUGUCAACUGACUCAGGCUCAUGGGGCUUUUGCUCUCCGAGCUGACUUGGGGCUGUUUAAUUGUGAUGUAGGUGUUUGGGCUUGGGCUGCAGUCCAAGCUCUGGGACCCUCCCACCUCACAGGGUUGUAGGGCACAGGCUGCAGUCCGAGCUCUGGGACCCUCCCACCUCACAGGGUUGUAGGGCGCAGGCUGCAGUCCAAGCCCAAACAUCUGCACUGCGAUUAAUCAGCCCCUUGCCUCAAGUCAGCUGGCACAGAUCCCAGAGUGGCCACUAUCAUGUUCCACACCCAGUAUCCUUUUUUAAGGUCCACUAUGAUCUAGUGUUAAUAGUGCUCUUAAAAUGAUGGAACCAAGAGAUUUAUCCUGUUUGUCUCAGAAGAAUUUGCUGUAUUGACUAUGAAAUAAUACUAUUAAUUUUGGAUCAAAGUUAAGGUUGUAUGAUGAUGAAACAAGCGCUUCAUAAACAAAUAAGUUUUAUAAAGUAUAAUGUGGGCAGACUAAGACAUAAAAUGCUCCAACUAGUCAAGUCUUUUGUAAGUGCUUCAGUUAUGUAAAAGGACUGAAUAGUUAAGUACAUUGCUACCCAGCAAUCUUAAUUGGGUUUUAGUUAAAGUUUUGUGUUGUACUUUAAUAAUCUUAUGUAAUUAGAUUGUUUUAAAAUUUGUAAAUAGAUGGGAUGGGGCACUAACUUACGUUAAAGUAGUAAGUGGCGGUCAUGCAAAAGAUGGCUCUGCAGAAGCUUGUAUUAUAUAAAGCAUACCAGAGAAGACAUGCAUGUUCACUACACAGUUAUGUUACGCAUGGACAGAAUACCCUAUCUUCACUCAAAACAGUGUUGAGGAGUACAAUCGCCAUCACCAGGAUAUCCCUCAUGUUGGUUCUGUGUGAGGUGCCAUUGAUGUCUGCUCAAUCCAUAUUUUUUCAGGUGGAAAAUCGGUGGAGCAUGGAAGGAUUAAGUUUUGCCCACUACUGUUGUCCUGAUGACACCAUAAAUGGCUACUCCAUAUAUUUUAGGGGUUUGGGAAGUGGUCCUCUAUCUAUAAAUCCAUGUGGGCUGGUGGUUAAAGGAAUUUGGAAAACUUACAAGGGUAAAACGUUAUCUAAACCGGAAAAGUUGCACCGGUUUAAUAAAUUGAUUUUAAAUCAGUCAAGCUAAACUGAUUUAAGGGAUGGUCAAACUGGUUUACGUGAAUCUACAUUAGAGGGUUUGCACUGGUUUAAUUAUUAAUUUAGUCAAACUGGAAUAGACAAGGCCUACAGUUGGGACUUGGCAGGAAAUCUUGCUUCUUUCAAGGAAGGGAAUUAGUUAUAUUUAUUCAUUAAGUUAGCAUGACUGGCAGCUUGAAGGGACUCUCACCCACUAAUUAUAAAAAAUGGGCAGGUUGUGUCUGCCUUACAAGAGACAGACAUAUAAGCAGGCAGGGAAGAGGAGCUAAGUGACUUUCUUAUUCAUUUUAUCAUUAGAAAAAUGUAAACAACCAUCAUAUUUGCCUGCACUUCUCCUCCUUCAGAGAUUAGUCUAAAUUGUUUUGCCUCAAGCAAAAAAAGGUUGCUGCUAGUUAGUUUUGUCUUCACCUUACAGCUACGUGCAGGUUGCCAUGGAACGCAUUUUCCUAAUAGUGUCAAACUCUUUCAUUCCUCUCCUCCUCUGUAGCAGUUUCCAAGUCUGAGGUCUCCCUUCUAUCUGUUCCUAACCCCUCAAUGUGUCCUUUCAAUAUGUUCCUACAUCCAAAACUUCUUUUGAUUCUCUCCUUUAUUUCUAAUAGCUCUCUCUCCACCCUCCCCUUCCUUUGUGAUCUGAAGCAUGCUUUUGUUUCCCUCCCAUCCCUAUCUUGGGGGAGGAAGGUGGAGAAAAUUUGAUUCUACCUUCACUCUAUCUUGCCCUCCAUAUACUGAGUGCAGUAUCUAGUCAGGCUGCAUCUACAUCCCUCUUCAACUUUAUCCUUGAUCUCCUCUCCUCCCAUCUAGCUUCUGCUCUUUCCUCUGCACUGAAACUGCCCUGCCCAAGGACACUAAUGACCUUCUCCUAGGUAAAUUCAUGGGUUCUGUCUCCAUCGUUCUUUCUGAACUAUCUGAUGCCUUUCACACUGUUUACCUUUCUUCCCUACUUUGUCCCCUCUUGGCUUCCCCAACUCUGUGCUCUGUGUCUUCCCACUCUCCUUUCUAUUUGUCUCCCUUAAAAAUCUAUUAUUGGCCACCUCUUUUCUCCCCAUGAUCUCAGCUGCUCUGAGUUUCAAGCCCCACUUUGAUACAUACAAGUCCCAAAUCUUCUCUACCUGAUUUUCCCCCUCCACACAUCAUCAUUGAAUAUCAAGUUGCCUAUAUAGCAUUUCAUUUCUCUGUCCCAUCACAAAUGCACUCUUUCCAAAAGUGAACUUCCAUCCUCACUCCUCUCCAACGCCUCCUUUCCAUGAUUAACAACUCUGCUAUCCUACCUGUGUCUCAAGUUCAUAACCAUGUCAUCUUUGACUUCUCUCUCCUCCCUGACUCAUCAUAUCUCAUCUCACUACAUACUGUCAUUUCUUCUCUUUUAAUAUCACCAGAAUCUGCCCUUUCCUCUCUUCUAAAACUGAUUCCCAUGCCUUCACCAACUUUGGCCUUAACUACCUUUCUCCCUCUGGCCUCCUUGCUCUUCCCCCUGCAGUCCAGAAAAACCCUGCUGCUAAAAGAAUUUUCCUUUGCCACUUCUCUGACUGCAUCAUUCCUAUAAUCCACGCAUUGGCUUCCUGACUCUUACUGUAUUAAAUUCAAGCUUCUUGUCAUCAUCUUCAGGGUCAUGCAUUUACAUCUUGCUCUCAUUUCCCCCUCUUUUAUUCUCUGUUUUCCCUCAAUACUCUGUACUUCUUCAUCUCUCCUGCCACUUUAGGCUCUGUGCCUUAUCUCACGCGCUCCCUAUGCUUGGAAUAGUCUACACUCUUGUCUGUCAAACACAAUCUCCCCGCCUUCAAAUCCACAUAUUCCAGAAAUUCUUCCCUAACUUCUCAUAACCAAUAACCUCCACCUCCUUCUGAAUCUGACCUACUGGCCCUUGAUUAGUCUUCAUCUUGUCUAGAUGGUAAGCUUAUUGGAGCAGAGGAUCCAUACUCUGUUUGAAAAGGAUCGUGUCAGUUUUGUAUAUGACCUCCCUGACAUUUUCUGCCCUGGGGCUGGAGUUCCCAGCCAGGCCCACCCUCGCAGCUCCCAACCCCCAACCUGAUGGGGGGGGGACCCUGCAGCUGCCCAGACACAGCGGUCAGCAGGGACUCCCCACAGCUGUCUAGUUGCAGCCACGGCCAGCGGCUGGGAGACCUUGCAGCUGCCUGGGGCGAGAAAGUUGUAGCAAUAGAGCUAGAUCAGCAAAAUCCUCCUAAUGUAGACAGAGCUUAUACAGGCAAAAAUGUACUUUUGCUGGUGUAGCUUCUACCAGUUUGGUUAGUGAAAGAAAAUGCUAGCAUAGAUAUGUAAAAGAACCACAUCCUUAAUCAGCAUUACUAUGUGGACAAAAUUAGACUUGGCCUAAGAAUAUGCUGCCAAGGAGUAGUUGUGUAUAUAUCAGAAAAUUCAGUACAGAUCACUGACUGAGGAGGUACAGUGAUUGAAGACAGAGAACAUCACCAGAUUCCAGAGGCACUACUUGGAAUAAAGAUGUCUAUAAUCUGAUUAGAACAUAUUUUACUAUAUAAGCCUUACACUGAAUGAAAUGUGUUCCUAUAACAACCACCUGAUUCAUUGAUUUCUGCCUUUUUUAGUUCCGAAUUAGAUACCU